AUGACAGAUGUAGACACGUCUGUCGAUCAUAUAAUCGAUCCAUCAUCAAUGUGUUUAAACCAACAUACUCUUGCAACAAUACUAAAGGAUCUGAUUGCAAUGGGACUACCAACAUCUACACAGUCCCAAGCUCAGGGUCAGUCACAACAACAGACUACAACAACAACAGUUGAAUUGAACAAUGAUAUUGCAUUGAAAUAUGCAGCCGCAUCACUCUCCAUUCGUACAAUGGCCAACACAUUACUCAAGUCUUUAGUGAGAGAGCAAUCAAUGUCAAAGGUGGAGACACAAUGUUCGUGGCGGGAUAAACUUCCAUUCAGUCCGGCAAUGUGGCGAGCAAGUCAAUGUACCCUCUUGAAUGAUCUUAACUUGAUGGCUGAUGUCUCUCAGAGAUUGACUACAAUGAUGAUUGGUACUCAGGUCAAUGACACUGACCUCAUACUUUGCGCUUCAAUCUUGACAUUGACAAUCGAGAGACUGUUGGGCGACAUAAUCACAUGGAGGAUACUGUUUGAGUACCGCAACAACAGCAAUACAUCAUCAACAACAACUACAUCAAAGCCAACAACACCUCCUGUCAUACCAAUGGGAAGAAUGUUACGCGAUAUCCUUGAAGACCCUGUGUUGCAGAGAAGUAUUGGUCCAGAAUUGCUGUGGACAUUGCGAGUGAUCAUUGGUCCACCAAUAGGAAUGAACUUACGCAAUGUGCUCUGGCAUGGAUUCAUCUCGCCUGGCGAACUCGACCUCUCAAUGGUCAUCCUCAUGCUCGUCAUCCUCCACUCAAUGAUCAUUCAAGUACAGACAUGGCAUCCACAGCCACAAGCACUCAUUCCCAAGAAGCAGUUGGAUCUCAGUCAACUACCUAAACUGAUUCGUGUGCAACAAGAUCGUGACCAGGCAAUGGCCCAGUCACAACAGACACGCGUCAAGCUCACACCCAAACAACUACAUGACAUUGGUCGUCUGAUUGACUGCUCGCCCUUUGUUGUGUCGGGUCGACAACAUCUUUGGCAUCACGCUCUUCAACUCUACAAUCAAUCACUCGUGGAGACAGACCAAUCACAAACUCAAACUCACCUCGACUACUUUACAUUCAUUAUCCUGUUACCACAGUUGGAGCAUUCUUUACGAUGUCAGUUUGUAAAGAUCAAUGGACUGUCGCCUCGCUUCCUCCACGCCGAUUAUCUAAGCUACUACACCACGCUGGACCUAUUCCUCACUGAUCGUCUGGCACUCAGCCAAUCGUCACAGCAUCAACAACUUCAGAUCUGCCUCACGACCACCAGUGUAGCCUCAACACAAGGCUCAUCAUCACCAGCGCUCAAGAAGUACUACAAAUAUCAUGAUCCAAAGUAUUCCAAACUUGGACAGAGUCAAGAUGUGGAGACAGAGGAGUCCGAGGAGUCCGAGGAGUUGGAAGAGUCUGUGAUUGAGUUCCGAAAUCAACUGAUCGAUAGUGUUGGCCAGAGCAAUAUACUUGGACUUCUCGACCUGUUCCUUUAUCCAGAUGGUCCACGCAUUCGAGAUAGGAUAUCACAUGGAGAGAUUGAUAACAAACAUAUACCAUCAUUCAUCCUCGAUCAACUCUUUCAAACUGCCGUGACCUUGCUUGUUAAGUCAAUUCCAGCUAAACAACUGGCCACUUUGAACCUAGAUCCUACCAUCAUCCCAAUGGUCAACAAUGAGUACAAGGUACUUUUCCAUCCAAAGGCAAUGGCACAUGAGAAGUUGGUACAAUUGGAUCGUACGACCAGUGCGCUUAGACAAUACCUUGGCGAGCUGAAGGCCAAAGCAGUGGAGCCAGCCAUCAUUGACUGUCCAGCCACAGAGAAUGAGCGACUCUAUGAAUACGUGAUGUCAAACAGUCAGUUCUCUCUCGAUUCACUCAUGACCAACAUGUACAAAGAGUUAAAGAGUUCAACAACAAUGACAGAGGCGACCAUCACAGUUUGUAAUCCAAGUGCAUUGGAAGUGAGCUACUAUGAGUCGAUCAGGAAGACGGCUUCGACAUGCAUCAAGUUGGUGGCAGAGUUUCAGCAAUGCGGACAACAGUUGUACAACGAAGUCAUUGUCAAUCAAAUCAAGAGCAAACGAGUGCAGAACUCAUUCUACAAGUGGUGGGGCCUAGCCAAUGGCUUUGCCAGAUUCUCACGUAUAGUCCAAUGGCUCCUAGUGGUACAGAUUGUUCGUCCUGCUCCCAGCACCACCGAUAACAUGGAUAUACAUGUUGAUCAGAAGCAGCCCAAGACGAUUGGGUCGUACAAUGACAAGUUGAUGAGCCAAAUGGAGAAGCUGUCCAUUAAGAUGAAGAACAGUGCAUGGGAGUUGAUGUCGGAGAACAUCACAGCGAUAGGUGCAUCCCAGCUGUCAUCUUUGAUGCGACAUAUGGUACAGGUCUGA